UUAUCCCGGAUUGGCUACCUUUAGAUGAGGGCGGUGGAUGAGAGUGACAGCGGUUCGUGAAAAUCGAAUGAAGCCAAAUACUUGUUCUACCGCUUUUAGUGUGCAUGGCUUCUAGUCUCGUUGUGUUUUUCUUAACGUCAGCUUUGCGGUUUUUGACACAUGCCCGUUCCGAAUACCGGAAAGGCACAUUUGAACUGGAAUGGUUGGAUAUGACCCAAGGUCCGAGAGUGCCACGCUGUCACCAGCAGAGGUAGCAACAGCUGGUUCUGUUUCUGGGAUGGUCACCAGAGCUAUGAUCAGCCCUCUGGAUGUCAUUAAAAUAAGGUUCCAGCUUCAGAUCGAGAAGAUUUCAGCUCGUGUUCCACAGGCAAAAUACCAUGGGUUAUGGCAGGCAUCUCGUUGCAUCUUUACAGAGGAGGGUAUGGUUGCUUUUUGGAAAGGUCAUAUUCCUGCCCAGCUGUUGUCCAUUACAUAUGGAGCUGUCCAGUUUGUAAGCUUUGAAUUAUUGACUGAAUUAGUCCAUAAGACAACAUCACUCAACAGCAGGAAUGCCAAUGUUCACUUUUUUUGUGGUGGCCUUGCAGCCUGCACUGCCACUUUUGCCUGCCAACCUCUGGAUACCUUGAGGACCCGCUUCGCUGCUCAGGGAGAACCCAAGGUCUACAAAAAUCUACGCCAUGCAGUGAGCAUAAUGCUGCAGACAGAAGGACCCUCAGGUUUUUAUCGAGGCCUCACACCCACCUUGAUUGCAGUCUUUCCAUAUGCUGGAUUGCAGUUCUUCUUUUAUAACAUUUUCCAACAGGUUUACCAGUGGGCGACUCCACCUAAAGAAUCCAGCUCAGGUAAUUUAAAAAAUCUUAUGUGUGGAAGCUGUGCUGGGAUCAUCAGUAAAACAAUGACAUACCCUUUUGACCUUUUCAAAAAGCGCCUUCAAGUUGGUGGUUUUGAAACAGCAAGAAUCUCCUUUGGCCAAGUACGUUUAUACAAGGGUUUUACAGAUUGUGCAGUGAAAAUUUUACAGGAAGAAGGACCCAAAGGCUUCUUCAAGGGUCUCUCCCCAAGCCUGAUAAAGGCUGCAUUUUCAACGGGAUUCACCUUCUUCUGGUAUGAACUCCUUUGCAGUGUCCUGCGUACUUUUAAAGAAAAGCACCAAGCCACACAAUUAGCCAGAAUCUCCCGAGGGUGAAAGGUAAAUGCAUAUCUGGACUAGUCAUUGAUGACAUAAUAUCUAAUGGAUAUCAUAAUGGCUUCUGAAAGCAGUCGGAUUAUGUUGUUGGGCUAAACCACAUUUUCUUGAAGUGAGCAUUUAGAAGACAUUGUUACCCAGACUUAUUCAAAUGGCAGUCUUCUAAAUAGUCUGAUGUCAGAAGAUGGGAUUUCCACUCACGGUCACUUUCUUAAUCACUGAUUUAGUAUUUUGAAAUGUGUCCACUUAUUGUAUUAUUUAUAGUGUUUUUUAAAUUUUUACUUGCACAUAUGUGAUGUACUUUGGGUUCAUUAAGCACUUAAGAUGCAUGUUUAUUUUUUCUUGUUGUGUAAAAAAAAACAUUGUUAUGCAAUGUUAAUAAAGUAUAUUAUUGGUAUAUAUUUA